CCAAUUUCACUACAUUUCGUGUUCGACUUCUCGAAAGCUUAUACCUUUCCCUACCAUAUUCAACUGUAGACUACCAGUACCUCUAAAUUCUUUUCUACCGGCCUCAAUAUGUCAAAAACGAGAGCUAAAUCUGCAUUAGAAAAGCUAAUUCAGUCCCAAAAAGAUCCCCAAUCGCAAGAACAGGGCUAUUUCAAACAGAAACGACUUGCAAAAAAGGAACGUGCUUUUGAACCUGAAAAAAUCGUUCUGGAAGAGAAAUGGAAACAAGAACAAAAACAAUCAGAAAUUCUUAAAUAUCUAAAGAGAACUAUGCGAGUUGAGGAUGCCGAAAAAGCCGUUCAUGAUAUGAUAUCCAAAAAGAAUGAGUCGAAUAAAAAGAGAAAAAGAAAACAAAAGAAGAAGAAUGACGACGAUUAUGGUGUUUUUGAAGAGGACGGCCUUCUAUAGUGCACCUUUUCUUGAUCGUCUUGAUAUUGAUAUUGAUUUUCUUUUCUUUUCUUUUCUAUAUACAAAUUCUUUUUUUAUUUAUAAUCAGGUAAAUGGGUUAUUUAGGAAUAUCAUUUCUACAUAAAUGUUUCUACGUCUUUCUGGUAAUGCCGUAAAAAAGCAGUUCUGUAAGUAGCCAGGAACAUGUAAAACAAAAAAUUAAAACAAAGAAAAGCUGUAAAAGACAUAUAGUCCAGCUUGUUUCUGUAGCUCAUUGUUACAAAUCUACUUGUCCUUAUCGUUGGUUUACUCAACACUACUGGUUUAUUUACAUGUUCUGGAAGAUUUGGAAAUUCAUACAAAGUAACCUACUAGUUAUUAGAGAAGGG